UUACUAUCUUUAACUUACUUCAAUGAAUUUGCUUCGAUUUUAAAUACGCCAAAUACUUAAAAUUGUAAAAUUAUUUUGGCACUCAGAUUCUAACAUAAACAGUUCAUCGUACUUGACAUUCUUGACAGGUCAAAUCAAUUUUAGUAAAAUAAAAAACGUGCGAGACUAGCCGAACGCGGUGUGGUCAAGUGCGGUGCGUAUAUACAGCACGGCGCGGCGGGUCCCCACGUUGCCGCUGGUGUCUCUUAUCGGUAAUUAGACACACAUAAAUAGUUCAUCUUGUUAUUCCCGUCACAUAUACCGCGAGUGACGGUCGAGAGGUCGUAUCGGUACUGUGCUGAUGAAAUCAACCGUUACUAUCCAAGAAGUAGUGAAUAAAUUAGAUCACCUAUCCUUACCACUAACCACCAGAAUGCCUAACAUCAAAGUGUUCAGCGGGAGCUCCCACCCAGACCUGGCGCAGAAGAUCGUGGAUCGCCUAGGAAUCGAUCUAGGAAAGGUGGUAACCAAGAAGUUUAGCAACAUGGAAACAUGCGUGGAAAUAGGUGAAUCUGUACGUGGCGAGGAUGUUUACAUUGUGCAGAGUGGUAGCGGCGAGAUUAACGACAAUCUCAUGGAGCUGCUGAUCAUGAUCAACGCUUGCAAGAUUGCGUCCGCAUCUCGAGUGACAGCCGUGAUCCCGUGCUUCCCGUACGCGCGACAAGACAAGAAAGACAAGAGUCGAGCGCCAAUUACCGCAAAACUGGUCGCCAACAUCCUGUCAGUGUCUGGUGCCGACCACAUCAUCACAAUGGACCUCCAUGCGUCUCAAAUUCAAGGAUUCUUCGACAUUCCUGUGGAUAACCUCUUUGCUGAGCCCGCUGUUUUGAAGUGGAUCAAAGAAAAUAUUCCUGACUGGAAGACCAGUAUUGUGGUGUCACCUGAUGCUGGAGGAGCCAAGAGAGUCACAUCUAUUGCUGACAGGCUGAAUGUAGAGUUUGCUUUGAUUCACAAAGAGAGGAAAAAGGCUAAUGAAGUUGCUUCAAUGGUACUUGUUGGUGAUGUGAAGGACCGGACAGCUAUCCUGGUAGAUGACAUGGCUGACACUUGUGGAACAAUCUGUCAUGCUGCAGAGAAACUCAUAGAAGCAGGAGCCAUCAAGGUGUAUGCUAUACUCACACAUGGUAUUUUCUCUGGACCCGCCAUCUCAAGGAUCAACAAUGCCUGUUUAGAAGCUGUUGUCGUCACAAACACAAUCCCGCAGGAGAGGCACAUGCAGGAGUGUCCCAAAAUCCAGUGUAUUGAUGUGUCUAUGAUGCUGGCGGAGGCUGUGAGACGUACACACAACGGAGAAUCUGUAUCCUACCUAUUUUCUAAUGUUCCAUACUAGUAUAAUUUUCUUUAUUUUACAUAUGAUAUUUUACUAUAAUAAUAUAGGUGAGUGUUAUGAUUCGUAUCAUAAAAUAAAAUGGCAUGUAACUCGUAACAUUACUGUUAUUGGCUUGAGUAAAACUUAGUGUUACAUUUAUAUUUGUUAUGAAAAAAAAAUGUUAGUUUACUAUGAGGUAUGAAGUGGAGAUUUUUUGUUGGAGCUCAGUUCCUGAGCUUGUUCCCUUUGGGAUUAAGUGAGGUGAUAAACAAGUAAGUGAUUAAUAUGUUAAGGAGUUAAAAAUGUAUUAUUUUAGAUGAAAACCAGAUAUAUGAAGUUAUACAACCAUUCUUUGUUAACUACAAAUCAGCUCUUGAAUUUUGAGUGGAGUAACAAUGCAAUUUACAAUCUUAAUUUUUGAAAAUGCCAUUUGUAAUGUAUCAUGAUGAAUUUUGGGACUUUGCAAUAGUUAUAUCUGCAUGUUAACACUUCAUUCCAUGUACUCCAUCAUCAUUUAUUUGGAACCUAGGUCUGCAUUUGUAAUAUUUAGCUGUUAACCUACACCCAAUGAACCUCACCAACUGUUAUUAGACAAAAUCAAUUGUUAGUUUUUAAAAUAAAAGACAUUUUAGUUGUUAAACAUAUGUCUAUUGUAUCUCUAAGUACAGUUAGGAUGUUAAAAGUUUAUCUGUUCUAAUUUCGUCCUUAUAACCAUGUUAAAAUUAUUGUUUAAAUUGAGCAAGGAAAAUAUAUCAAUAAGGCUCAUUUUCGGACUUACGUAAAUGGCCUAAUAUGUUUGCAAUUUGUUGUAAGAAUUUGGUAAGCAUGAUGCUGUAUGAAAUUACAUUUAGAAACGUAAUCUUAUCAAGUACAUUGUUUUUAUAUUCUUUAUCAAAUUCUUAUAAAUAAAUGAACUUUGGUGAUGUUUUUGAUGAACUCAUCUUAUUUUUUUUGCCUUACCGCUGUUUAUGUGUAGUGUGCAAACAUAUAAAAUGUGCCUAAACAUGUAGAGCUUAGAAUUGAAUUUGGUGUAAAGCAUUGUGAAAUGAAUAGUGUAAUGUAACAUCCUGCUGUUUAUUUUUUUUAAUUAUUGUUUUUUUUUCUUCUAGUAUAAGUUGUUCGUGUUACAACUAUCUAGAAAUAAAAAUGUAUUAAGUUUUACCUUUUUUCAGAUAAGUCCAUUAUAAAAACAGUUUUUAAUUGGCAAUUUAUCUUAGUAAAUGCGAUGUAUAAUUCAGGGCUAUUGUUGUAAUUGGCAUAUCUGAUUGAUGUAUAGAAAAGAAAAACAUUGCCUCUGUAUAUUUUUUUCUAAAUUUAUAUAAAAAGAAUUAUGUAUAUUUGGUUCUGAUACCUAUUAUUAAGGUAAUAAAAAAGGAUUUAACUAAA